AUGGACGGCGUCUCCGUCGCCAGCAGCAUUGCUGGUCUCGUCACCCUGGCCUUGCAGGUCAGCGCUACAAUAGCAAUCUACGUCAACUCCAUCAAGGAACGCGCCAACACGGUCAGGGAGUUGCAUGACGAACUUCUUCUAUUGGGUGAAGUCCUCAGUGGACUGCGAGAUUUUCUGGAGAGCGAAAAAGUCAAGGGUCGGGUUCUCGAUACCCAAUCAGUCCUCUCCAAGGCCAUCAGAGACUGCCGUCAACGGAUGGAGCGCAUUGGCGACAGAUUGAAGCCCUCGGAGGGUGGAAAGGUUGCCCGUGCUAUUGACCACUUGAGGUGGCCUUUCGAGCAGAGGGAAGUCAUGCAGAUGGUAGAGAAUCUACGACGUUAUACCCAAACGUUUCAGUUCGCUUUCACAAUCGAAGGAUUCAACUUGUUGUCCAAGACCUCCGAAGAUGCCACGAAAGGCCUGCAAGAAAUGCUACUGAUUUCCAAGAAGAUGAGCGAACUGUCGGCUCAGAUGGGCCGGUCUGCUGAUGAGUCCUCUAAACUCGCUCUGCAACUCGAGGCAAUCAUCGACCUUGUUCCCCUCCUUGCAAGAACAGUUGCGGAUGUCAACGAGAUAUCUCAGGCUACACGACUGGCCGAACUGAGAGAGCAGGAGAGGCGCACUACCGAAAUCUUGGACUGGCUGGCUCCCCUCUCGUCCCUACACAAGCACCGGGAUUUGCAAGUGCGAAGAGCUGAAGGCACGGGUCGAUGGUUUCUUGAACAUCCCGAGUUUUCUCGGUGGGUUGACGACGAUUCCAAACACGAUCUCCUCGGUGUUGGAGGUCCUGGCGCUGGCAAGUCUGUCCUAUGCUCUCAUGUUGUUGACUACCUGCGCGGCAAAUUUCAAGACCAUGAUGUCGCCAUAGCCUUCUACUACUACGACUACUCCGACCAGCAGUCGCAGAAUCCGUCGAGUUUUGCAAGAUCGCUCCUACGCCAACUCAGUUCCCGCGGCGAAGUGGUCCCUUCCGCUGUUUCCGAGUUCUAUCGACGCACUCGGAAUGCUGUCAAAGAUCAAACUUGGUAUCAUGACUUGCUGAAUAUCAUCCGCCGCGUGGUGGCAACGUUCAGCCGUUGUUUUAUCAUAGUCGAUGCUCUCGACGAAGCCGAUGUUCAGACCCAGCGUUCAGGCUUUUUCGAGGUUAUCGAUGCCAUUAGAAAUUCUCCUGGAAGCACAGUGAAGGUGCUAGCCACUCUAAGACCGCAUGUCCUCGAUCUCAUGACCAGGUUUCAUGAACCUUCGACAAUUGAUAUCCUGGCGAACCCUGGAGAUAUCCGGCAGUUUCUCGCCCAAACGAUAAUGGAGCAGCCAGAGUCCGAGUAUUUGAUGGAUGACAAGCUCAAGGAACAUGUGCUCAAUACCUUAUGCACCAAUGCCAAUGGCAUGUUUCUACUCCCGGCUCUGCAGAUAAAGACUAUUCUAGACCAGAUUACGAAGGCAGAUGUCAGGCGAGCACUACUUCAUCUCUCAACUGAUUUGACUCAUGCCUUCCAAUCAACCAUGCAGAGAAUUUUUACCCUGCCCAAGGCAAGACGCGACCUUGCGUUUAGAACAUUGAUGUGGGUGUCCCACGCCAGGAGACCGAUGACUGUGCGGGAGCUGCAGCAUGCCAUGGCAUUACGGCCCGAGGACCAUGAUCUCGACAGGGACAAUCUCCCCUCUGUGAAGAUGCUUAUCGACUGCUGUUGCGGGCUAGUCGAGGUGGACUAUGAGAGUUCAAUUAUACGAUUGGUGCAUCACUCACUUGAGGAAUAUCUUCGUGAGCACGACCACGGUCUCUUCACCGAUGCCAACCUCGUCAUUACCAAGAUCUGUCUCCAGUACAUGAUGCUGGAUUCAACAAGAGAUCUACCAUAUAAGAACCGUAAAGAUUUCGCGAACGCACUGGAGGAUGUUCCAUUCCUGCAGUAUGCAGCGCUCGAAUGGGGCCACCAUGCUUACAGUGUUCCCGCCGAGGAGAUCAAGGACUUGGCCCUUGCACUUCUUUCUAACAGUACCUGCUUGAACACCAUCGCCAGAGUCCGGGAUUUUCGAUCUCCAGACCUCCGGGACUGGACAAACAAAGCCUGGGCGUGGGCUUAUUCUGGUGGUGCCGGGAUCUCGUUGGCAGCAGGAUUUGGACUUAGCGAGCUUCUGAAGAUCCUGAUUGCGGAAAAUCGACAUAAUCUACGCUUGGGCGUGCGCAACGUGUACGGAAACACAGCUCUGCACGAAGCAGCUUUUUUCGGCCACACGGAGGUUGCGGAAAUUCUGGUUGCAAACGGUGCUAACUUGCUGGACACGAAUUACGGUCAGAGUACUCCGUUAUAUCUCGCAGUGUCAUACGGUCAGCUUGAGAUUGUGAAGCUACUUCUCAAAUACGGACGUGAUCAGCUGGAUCAACCCGGCCCAAGAGGCUUUACAGCCUUGCACAAGGCUGUUGAGCAAGGAGACGAAGAAAUGGUCAGCACACUUCUCCAGGCAGGAGCUUUGGUUGGCGCCAUCGAUAACCAGGGAACAACUGCUCUACACCUUGCGGCUUUUCGUGGCUAUCUCUCCAUUGUCAAGUUGCUAGUUGCUUCCGGCGCCGUCGUCCACGUCAGGGACAAGGAGGGCCUCUGUCCUCUCGAUUAUGCCGCAACAAGUGGUUUUACUGAUGUGGUGGCUUUCCUCCUGGAGAAUGGGGGAAGUAUGUUUCAUAAAGGUAGAGAACGAUGGACUCCUUUGCAUCGUGCAGCUCGAGGCGGGCAUACAGAGACAGUUGCUUUCUUCCUGAAGCGAGGCGCCAACGUGCUGGCGACCGAUUACAAAGGCAACAUCCCAUUACAUCUCGCAGUGCGGUCAGGUCAAAUUGAAGCCGUAAGGACACUUCUCGAGCAAAACACCGAUCCGGACCACCAACGCGCACAACUCUUCGUCCAAGAUCGAAAGGGUUCUACUCCGCGAGUCGUCGCUUUCUUUACCGCCCACUACGACAUUCACAAGUAUCUCCGGGCUGCAGAGUGGCAAGCUCAAGGUAUUACUACACCUAGCAGUGCAAACCGGCUCACCACAGCUAUUGAAAAAGGCGAUCUGCCUUCAGUGCGUGUCCUUUUGGACAAUAAUCCGCAGUCGCUCACCUCGCUUGACGAAGACGGCCAACCACCCCUCCACGUCGCAAUACAAGAAAAUCAGACACGUAUUGUGGAAUUCCUCCUCCAGCGAGGCGCAUCCGUCGAAUCGGUGGGCUACCACGGAUGGCGUGCUCUGCACAUCGCCGCCUCGACGGGGAACUUGGAGCUGGUAGAGCUGUGUUUGUCUCAUGGGGCACGCGUCGAUACGUUGACGAAUACAAAACAAACGGCCUUGCACAAGGCCGCAUCGUCCCACUCUGUGGCCGUGGUCCGCCGCUUGCUAUCUGCCGGCGCGGACCCUGCGGCCAUGAACGAGCGCGGCAUGACGGCCCUGCACAUCGCCGCGCACCAGAACGACAUUGCCAUUGUGCGCAUGCUCGUCCUGGAGCAUGGCGUCGACGUCCUAGCCAGGGACCGCCAGGGCAUGACGGCCGGCAUGUGGGCCGAGAGAUCGGCGCACCUCGAGGUGUGCGCGUUCCUGGCGGCCGAAGCGCGGAAGGCCAAACAAAAGAAACGAAGCAGCGCGGGCGAGCACAUUGCGGGCACCGGCGACACGCAAACCAGGGACAACGCCGAUGCGCUCGCUCUCGGAGAGGUCCGGGACGCUUUAGAGGGUGCUAUCGAAGACAACAACAGCAACACAAACCAGCCAGAAGGGAGCGUAAGGGGACUAAUAAUGACGUGA